UGAGCGCAGGCGGCCGUUGCCGGGCUGGCGGCGCGCGGCGCGGGCGCGGAGGCGGCGAUGGUGGGGGAGGAGGCGGCUGGUGCCGCCGGCGGCCCAGAGGCGGCCGGCCCGGGGCCCGCGCAGCCCCCCGCUGAGGCGCGGUCUGGCGGGGGAGAAGGCGGCAACGGCGGCGGCUACGACGGCAAGUGCGUGUUCUGCAGGAUCGCCCGCCGGGAGGAGCCGGGCACCGCGCUGCUGCCCUGCGAGUAUGAAGACCUUGUUUGCUUCAGAGAUAUCAGACCUGGUGCACCCCAUCAUUACCUGGUGGUGCCCAUAGAGCACAUGGGAAACUGCAAGACACUUAAGAAGGAACACAUACCUGUAGUGAAGAAAAUGAUGGAAGUUGGAAAAACUGUCCUUCAACGAAAUAAUUUUAGUGACUUGAAUGAUGUAAGAAUGGGUUUUCACUGGCCUCCAUUCUGCUCAAUAUCCCACUUACAUCUUCAUGUCUUGGCUCCAGCCAGUCAGCUAGGAUUCCUAUCCAGAUUGAUUUACAGAGUCAAUUCCUACUGGUUUAUCACGGCUGAACAACUGAUUGAGCGACUGCAAACUGAAAAUGCGGCCAGCUGAAAGCACAUCUAGCACUGUGUCACAAAUGAGUUUGUUUCUUUGUCUUUGAGCUCUGAUUUAAGGUUGCAAGGUUUGAUGUUACUGAUAAUAUACCAGGAUAAAAAAGCUUUAAUUCCUUAUAAAGAAAUACACUCAGAAUUUGUAGUUGUCAACCUAGUUCUUGCAGUCUGUGUACUUAAGAACUCCAUGCACAUGACAGUGAGGCAAUGUAUUUUAAUGAUAAUUUUUUUAUUUAUAUACAUGUUGUAUACGUAUAUGUUUAUAUGACACACAUGCAUAUAUAUAUACACACAAGCAGACUACUUUUCCUAGUAAAAUGCAGGGUAUAGCAGGAGAAUGUAUUUAUAACUAAGGAAACAGCAGUUACUCCUAACAGCGUGUACAUAAUACCAAAGGGAAUGUUUGCUGUGGAAUCUAGAUUUUUAUUUUUAAAGUACAUUGUUCUGGGAUUGCAAGUAACAUAUAAAACAUUAAGUUUCCAUCUGUACUUUGUUAGUUAUGUCUAGUUGUUAGUAAAUACAUUGCUGAAGUGCACUACUAUUUUCUGGUGCUAAACUACUGUAAUAUAUUAGUUCUCUUAUUUGCAUGACAGUGACAUAGUAAAUUAUUAAUACAAUAUGUCCGAGAUAUGUUGAUGCUAUACAGUAUAGAAUAUAAUUUAAAUGUAUGUGUAAGUGUUUAUAUGUUGGACUUAAAAGACUGUUUUUCUCUUAUGUGCACAAUAUUUUAAAUUAACUACUGUAUGUUUACAAAGAACAUGAAGAGUUCAGAAAAUUGAUUUAAUAUAUUGAUCUUUGCAUGACAGUAGAAGAGAAGAUCAAAUUUUGAGAUUAUGCUGAUAAUGUUCUUACUGAAAGUCACUUAGAGUGUACUAAUGUUUUGGCUAAAUUUGAUUUCUAAAUGAAGUCACAAGAGAAAUGGGUCUUCAGUGCAGUGACUAUGUAGCAGGCUUGCAUAAUAGCAAUCAUCUGAUUUGAACUUGGAAUAACACAGACUCAGCCCAAACCUGGAACAUGUACAAAUUGUGUUCUGAAUUGCUUAAGGAACUUUCUACUUGCCUUUAGUAUGAUUCUAACUAGUAUGUUAGUGCUGUGUUUUUCAACACCAUUUUAAGCCAGACUCUCGGCAAAGCAAAAAUUCCAGAAAAAACAGAAUGGAUUUUAUUCAUUCACAGAGUGUAUGUCAUGGUGCCUAACUAAGCAAAUGUCCUUGGCUGAUACUUUUAGAUGCAGCUAAGGUGAUGAUGGUCUGCUGCACCUGCAAGCUUCCCUGAAUAUAAUCUUCUCAGUGUUUUCCACUGAUCCAGCAGCACCUGUUACCUUAGUGGUACAGUGUAUUGUAGUAUUCAUACAGUAAAUUGUACACAAUAUUUCAGAAAGUUCACAGCAUUCUAAACAGCAACAUUUUCUAAGACUUUGUUCCUAAUGUUUUGGUAUUCUUACUACUAGACACUCCUGUAAUUUGCAGUACUUUUGUGGAGUGUGCAACUUUAGUGAGGAGAAGUGUGAAUUAAAGCCACUGAACUUUAACUAAGUCUGUGCAGUCAAUUAGGAGGUAUGAAUUGGUUCCUAAAUGGAUUAAAUAUUUGAACAUUUUGAAAUUUGAAUAUUUGAACAUCUUUCAAGAGUUAUACUAUGUAUGCGUGUUCUGAUUUGUAGUUAAUAUAUGUAACUCUACUUAACUGUGAUAUGUAAUAUUUAAGGCACCAUAAUGAACUGUUAUCAAAAAGGAUUAAUAAAGAGCAGAUAUUAAUCUUGGAAUCUUAAAA